CCCCGAGUCGCCUUGCGGGGCAACGUCAGGGCAUGAGGUGGGAGGGUUGAUUAGUUUUUAAGAAAAGUCGCGCACAAUUAUGCUCGAAGACUUGACUGGUUGACCGUUGACUGAAUAUUUGACCAGUAUGCCGUUGCUGUCAGGAAUCCACGUUCAUAUCAAGUGAAAAAUAAGUGCCCAAUCCCCCUACUCUAUCCGCGUCGACUGGUAGCUGAAACUCCAAAAAGCCGCCACCACUCCGGUUCCUGCGUUCGUACUCCACUCCUGCCAGUCCAAGAUCCAGCUCAAGAUCCAGGCAGGGUCAGCCAGCCAUGUGCUGCGGCGAGUGCGGCUGCUAUGACGCACUCUGCGACCGCUGCUGCCUCUGCGUCUCCACCGGCGCGCGCGACACCAUCCUCUGCUGCGCGUGCUGCCUCGCCGUCCUCGCCGGCGUCGGCCUCCUCCUCGUCCUCCUCGCGGCCUUCUGCUUCAUCCGCCACGCCGAGGUCGCCGUCACCGACGCCUCCCUCACGCGCCUCGCGCUGGCCGCGUCCCCCGCCACCGCCUUCGCCUACAACCUCUCGCUCACGCUCACCGUCCGGAACAAGAACUGGGCAAUGAGCGUCAAGAACACCCAGCCGCUCGAGGCCGACUACAGCUUCGACGGCCAGCGCUUCGAGCGGGUCAGGCUCGCCGACGAGGGCUCCACGCACCCCGCCGGCAAGACCCAGGUGUACCACCUCGUCUCCGGCUCCGACGGCGCCUACGUCGCGCUCGGCAACGCCGGCGUGGCCGAGUUCAAGGAGGAGAACAAGACGGGGGUGUUCCAGGUGGAGGUGGCGCUGUCGGGCCAGGUCAGGUACCAGGCGCACUUCACCAAGUGCAAGUUCCAGGCCAAUUGCCCGCUCAAGCUGCAGCUCGCGCCGCCCGGCACGCCGGCCGUCGUCUUCCAGAAGGUCAAGUGCAAGCUCGCUCCGGGGAGCAGGUACUGCUAGUGAUUGGUACGAUUGGUGGCUAGUGAUUUCUGUCGGUAGAUUGGGAGGACCAAGUAUAGUUGCCGGGAACGGGGAACGAUGCCGCGUCCCCUGUACCGGGAACAUCGACCCGGAUCGAGGGUCGGGGUCGACACAGGGAACGACGCGAUUCGGUGACGGGAACGCGACCCGGAAAGGCAGGUUCGCAGCUCCGUUUCAGUGAUCGCAAAUACACUGGAUCUCGACCCAACUUGCCAAUGAACGGGAGGCCAAAUGGAUAGAAUCGAGACUUACCUGAAGUCCAUGGCAUGAGCCUUCCGCUGUCGACCAAAACGAUGCGCGCCGGAGGCUAGUGUGCAUGUGCGAACGCGGUGCCCAGCGGCGCCGGCGGCUGGUGUCGACGUGCAGACUGCGGAUGCGAUGCCCAGCGGCGCCGGCGGCUGGUGUCGACGUGCAGACUGCGGAUGCGGUGCCCGGCGGCGCCAACGGCUGGUGUCGACGUGCAGACUGCGGAUGCGGUGCUCGGUGGCGGACUGCGGACGCUGUGCUAGAUGGCCGGACGGCGGCGGCGGCUGCCGUGGACCAGCGAAUGUGGUGCCCGCUUCCCACUGCCCAUCCUCUUGAUUGGAAUUUGGGAAUCAUACGGGGCAGAUUUCAUGGAGUAGAUUACUUUCUGCUGUCAAAACUUUCCGCGGGAUAUUUGCACAUUUUCCCUUCCUCUAUGUCACCUUCCAAAAAAGAAAAUGUGUUUCCACAAAACGAAAUGUAAUUUCUAUAUUAUUCUCUGAAACAUGGAUAAUUUGACAAGGGUUGG